GGGGCGCUGCUCGGAACACUCUCGGCUUGAACUUCCUCAGAGUUUUCUCUGGCACUCGGAAAAGACAACGACAAAGGAGCGCAGACAGAGUCGAAUCUCGAAGGUCGAAGCUGAGGGCCAUGGCUCGUGGGCAGCAGAAGAUUCAGUCCCAGCAAAAGAACGCCAAGAAGGCAGCAGAGAAGAAGAAAUCUCAGGGCGCCGACCAGAAGACUGCAGCCAAAGCAGCGCUGGUCCACACCUGCCCCGUCUGCCGGACACAGAUGCCCGACCCCAAAACCUUCAAGCAGCACUUUGAGAGCAAACAUCCCAAGUCCCCGAUGCCUCCUGAGCUGGCCGACGUUCAGGCAUAAAGGCCUCUGACUGGACCUGAACCUGGAUACGCAGUGACCACGGACUGAACGUUGAAUCCCCUGAAGGAUGAUGAACUCUGGGACCUGUCAGUAUUCACGGACGUCGGGUCGGGAUGGGAUGGGAUGGAUGUGUGUAUGUGCUGUGUACGUAUGUGUGUGUGUGUUAGUGUAAGAGAUAAACAGUGAUGAUGGGGGCAGACGUACACCAGCAGCCCAUUUUUAUAUUUAUUGUGUACCUAACUACCUUGGUAUUCCAGAUAAAGGGGGGAGGGCAGAUUCCCAGAAAGCAGGACCAGUGACUGAAGGCAGGGAGUUCUGAAAAAGCUACAAUGGAAACUUAACAAACAGGAUAUUUUUGAGCGUGUGGUUUAGCUGACGGCUUGAAACUAUCGUCCACAGGAAGAGACGACACACGUCACUGUAGAUUCACACACUCGGACGCGGCACAGCUGUCGGGUUCCACGAGUCAUUCCAUUUUGCACAACCUUCACAGCCGCUUUCAUGACCACUGGCUUCUCAACACAUGCAGUUUACGAGUGGAUGGAACCCCACAGCUGUGCCUCCUCCGUGCUGCUGCUGCUCCACACUCAGUACCGCCUACAACAGUACCUCACGUUACACCACACAACAGCAACUCUAUUACGUUUUAGUUUCUUUCUCCCAAUUUUUUCCACUUCUACCCCGUUUCAGGCUCGUUACCGUGGCAAUAAACCCAUCUUUGUCCCUGCUUCGGUUAGACCAGGACCAGAUUUGUUUUGUAACCCUGAUUCUUUUUCUAACGCACGCAGCUCUGUGCUCAUUUUGACACUUUCGGCUGUUAGUUUGAAGAAAAUGUAAGUAGCCCCGAUGACUGAGAGUGAAAUGAUUUAGUUGAAGUUACUGCCAAUAUUAUUGACUUUUUUUGUUUUCUUUUGUUUUUCUUCUGACAUUCACUAGCUGGCAAAAAACUAAGCUGAUUUGCUUUCACUGUACUAUUUUUUUUUUUUACCCUUUUCAAUAAAUUGAACAAUGUAUUUAAUGUGA